AUGGCAGGACGAACAAGAAAUAAUAACAACGGUAAUGGUGAUGGAGUGCCUGAUGGCGAUAUUGUUCGAAUUAUACGCGCGAUUGCUGAUAGGGUAGGCAAUAUACCACCCCGAAACCAAGAUCAAAACAAAUCGGAGAUGAUAGCAAAAUUUGAAAAGCUACGUCCCUACAAAUUCCUUGGUGGAUCAAACCCCCAUGAAGCUGAAGCUUGGUUAAGACAAAUUAAGAAGUUGCUAGAUACUUCCGACGUCCGAAAUGAACAAGAUAGAGUGACCAUGGCGGCAUUUCAAAUGGAAGGGGAAGCAGAUCAUUGGUGGGAAAUGAUCAAAAGUGGGCAUCGUCGAAGUGAGUGUCCUCAAGGUGGGGAGUAUUUUAUGGAUCAGCGAGGGGCACAACAAUACAACAGAUGCCAACCUGGGCAAGGUUCUAAGCCUACUCAAACUACUCAGACCAACAAGGGGCAGCCACAAGCCUCUAAGAAUGCAGGCCGACCAAGAACACAACCACAAGGAGCUGAAAAUGGAAAGAAACCAGGAGAGACUAACCAACAGGCAGUAUGGAGAAUGUAUGCUCUCCAAGAAGAAGAAGAUGUUGAUAACCCAUCAGUAAUUCAAGGUAUGUUAAUCCUUAUGAAUUCUUGGGUUAAAGUAUUGUUUGAUUCUGGAGCUUCGUAUUCUUUUAUAUCCACUGCAUGUGCGACAAGUUUGGGUUUAGAACUAGAAGCGUUAGAGAUAGCUAUGAGUGUCACUUCACCCUUAGGAGGUCAAACCCGAGUAAAUCUAGUAUGUAAAUCUUGUGAGUUAGAAAUCUCCGGUUCACAUUUGAUCUGUGAUCUAAGAGUUAUGGGUGUGUCUGAUUUUGACGUUAUCCUAGGAAUGGACUGGUUGCCAGUUCAUCGAGCCAUUAUUGAUUGUUAUUGUAAGACAGUGACAGCAUCCUCCCUUAACGGCACGAAAGUUCAAUUUAAAGGGGAUAGACAAGAUUCUCUAACUCCAACGUAUCGCAAGUCGCGAUGGCAUGAUCAACUAACCGGAUGGUUGGCGAGCCUAAUUUUGGAAGACGAAAAUCGAGAGGAUCCAGGAUUACCCCAUGUGGUGUGCGAGUACGUUGACGUUUUCCCUGAUGAAUUGCCGAGAUUACCCCCAAAACGAGACGUAGAUUUCACGAUUGAGCUUCAACCUGGGGCUUCGUCGAUUUUAAUAGCACCACAUCGUAUGGCGCCAGCUGAACUUCGAGAAUUGAAGGAGCAGUUGCAAGAACUGUUGGAUAAAAAGCUCAUCAGACCAAGUACGUCUCCUUAG